CACAGGAACUGCGCGCGUAGCCGGCUCAAACCUUCCUUCCGCGGUGUGACGACGCUGCUUUGGACUAACUACGCACUUUUAUCAUAAGGCCUAUCUUUGUUGGCCAUAAUUUCAAAUCUCGGCCUUCGAAGAAUUCAGCCCGACACCUCCGUUUUCCUCCAGUCUUCCCCUUCAACAAAUUAGCCAAGAGCAAGCAUGUUUGAGGCUCGUCUGGUCCAGGGAUCUAUCCUGAAGAAGGUGCUGGAGGCCCUGAAGGAUCUGAUCACGGAGGCGUGCUGGGACGUGAGCUCGUCCGGCAUCUCGCUGCAGAGCAUGGACUCCUCUCACGUCUCCCUGGUGCAGCUCACCCUGCGCAGCGACGGCUUCGACUCGUACCGCUGCGACAGAAACCUCGCCAUGGGAGUCAACUUAAGCAGCAUGUCCAAGAUCCUUAAGUGCGCCGCAAAUGAAGACAUCAUCACCGUCCGAGCCGACGACAACGCAGACACGCUCGCUCUCGUCUUCGAGACCGUCAACCAGGAUAAAGUGUCUGAUUACGAGAUGAAGUUGAUGGACCUUGACGUGGAGCAGUUGGGAAUUCCGGAGCAGGAGUACAGCUGUGUGGUGAAGAUGCCGUCGGGGGAGUUCGCCCGCAUCUGCCGCGACCUCUCGCAAAUUGGCGACGCCGUCAUGAUCUCCUGCGCCAAGGACGGCGUCAAGUUCUCCGCCAACGGAGAGCUGGGCACCGGAAACAUCAAGUUGUCCCAGACCAGCAACGUGGACAAGGAGGAGGAGGCAGUGACUAUUGAGAUGAACGAGCCAGUUCAGCUCAUCUUCGCCCUCAACUACUUGAACUUCUUCACCAAAGCCACGCCCCUAUCCAAGACGGUCACCCUCAGCAUGUCGGCCGACAUUCCUCUCGUUGUGGAGUACAAGAUUGCUGACAUGGGCCACGUCAAAUACUACCUGGCGCCAAAGAUCGACGAGGAGGCUUCCUAAGCAGUCCGACGGUCAACAAAAAAAGGAGACGAGAGAAGCAGAAGACUCGGUCUAGUAUCAAGUGGUCUCCUGGCUCAUGCAGCGAGAGCUUCGGUGUCAACAUUUUGAAAACGUUUUCAUGCGUUCCCAGUUGUGAGGAAAUGUCAGCACUUUAGAGUCUCGCUGUCAAUUUGCAUCUCUUUUUGCAUCCACACUUGCAGUUUGUUGUUGUAGAUACACAUUUGUAAAUACUUUGUGGUUUCGUGCUGUCAACUCCCAUUUUUUUGUGUACCCUGUAACUCGAUCCCAAAUAAAUGAUCCACUUUU